CUCUCUCUCUCUAUUUCAAUCAGACGAGCUGACUUUACAAUUACCCAGUAUCAGCUAGGGAACAAUGAUCCAGUAACUGUUCAGUCGGGCUUUGAGACCAAAGGACUGAGAGGCUGAUAGCUGAUAACUUCAAAAACGGAGAGGCAUGAGAUGUCAGGGACCAGAAGGAGAAAAAAGGAGGAACAGCUGGAGGUUGACUGUCUGCACCGGGGGAACUAAAAAGCGCAUGUUGUUGUUGUUCCACAAGGAGAAAAGGACGUUUAAGAACGAUGUCCCGGGCAGAGAAACGGCUUAACUGGGAGUAGCGAAGAGCCGGGGCCCGUCGCAUCCGGGGAGUUUUUUUUUUUUUUGGGAGGAAUAUUAUCCAGGACCCGAGCGUCUGAGACGUCCGGCGUCCCCUGCGCGUAAGGCAACAAAAGAAUGAACAAAAUCUAACCACAUGGUUUGAAUCCACCGUUGCGGGCAUCGUUUUUUACAGGGACCUGCGUGCGCUUUUGGUUUGUGUGCGUGUUUUCUAUGCGCUACGAUGAGUCUGGUCUCCGGCUGCCCUCACCACCCGGUCAUGCAUCAUCGCGACAGCCAUGCCUACUCCCUGCAUGUGGCGGCGGCCGGCCGGUGUCACGAGGACACCGGGGCGCCCCCGUACUUCACCAGUUGGCUGAUUAGCCACGCGGACGUGUCCCCCACAGAGUACGGCAUCGCGCACGGCUACAGUCCGGAGUACCACGGCAACGGCGGAGGAGGUGGAGGCGGUGGUUCCAAUUGCGGCCUGGACCCUCACCACCAUCACCAUUACGCACCGGGCAACCUGAUCGCGGGCCCGGGCGCGCUCUCCGUCAACGGGUCCGCGGCGGACGUGCACCACCACGCGCACCCGCGCACCGUGAAGCGGAGACCCACGGCGAACCGCAAGGAGAGGAGGCGAACCCAGAGCAUCAACUCGGCCUUCGCCGAGCUCAGAGAGUGCAUUCCGAACGUGCCGGCCGACACCAAGCUGUCCAAGAUUAAGACCCUAAGGCUGGCCACCAGCUACAUCUCCUACUUGAUGGACCUCCUGGACAAGGACGGACAGCACGGAGACGCGCACGCAUUCAAGGCAGAGCUGAAAAAGACAGAGGUUCGGGAGGAGCGGAGGAAAAGAGAGGCGGAGGAGAUCCCCAAAGCAACGUCCUCAUCCUCAUCAUCCACAUCUUCGUCAGCAAGCGAUAAGAAGAGUAAAGGUCGGACGGGAUGGCCUCAGCAUGUCUGGGCGCUGGAACUCAAAUAGUGUGUGCGUUUUAGAGGGAUGACACAGAAACGACAAACUCUCGUUGUCUCUGGACGUCCGCUCCGUCGUUUCGUUGUCUGUUUUUUUGUGUGUUUUUCUCUCUCGGUUACACGUUUGAACCACACAAUUAAAGGUUGUGGUGUGUCCGGGGCUACGUGUCCGCAGGCCUGACUCGGUUGGGGAUUAAAUGGUCAGAUUUUGGCCUCGUCCAUCUUCGCCUUUACGGUAGAACAUAGUUGCCUAGGCGACAGAUGGAUGGGAUGCCGGGAUUGAAGAUUAAACGGGAAGAUCACCAGAAGAUCUGAGAUGAUGCUGAGUCCCCACGUGCUGCUUCCAGACUGUUAACGGUGUCCAAAAGGAAGAAAUUGGGGAAACACGAUGCCUUUCGCUCUUUGGAUGAGCUUCUUGUGUAAAUAUAUAUAUAAGUAGAAAAUAAUAAUAAAUAGUGGCGUCACUCCUGUGACUAUAAUGUCUAUGUUGUGUGAAAUUACAGUGAAGGUUUAAUGUUUUAUGUGGGAUGUAAAGAGUGUCCAUAAUAAACCACCAUUUGGUCAAAGCGCAAAUUGGCCUGAUUUUUGAUCCGUUGUUUAGACUUUGUUGUUCAGCCAUACCCCCAACUUACUUUAUAUAGCC